AUGGCUCAGUAUGAACAGUUUGGUUCCAAUCCCGGAGAAGGGAUUUCAGAAGUGUUUAUCAAAUAUAAUAAUUUGAUCAAUAAUUUGAAUCUGAAUGGGAAAUACUAUGACAACAAAGAAAAGAAUCUGAAGUUUCUCUUAACACUUCCUGAACAUCUGGAACAUAGAAUCACUGCAAUCAGGGAAAGUAGAGAUCUGCAUGAGAUAUCUCUGGAGAAACCCUACGGGGUUUUAAAAACGUAUGAACUUGAACAAGUUCAGACUAAGCAGAGAUAUGGCUGGGGUAAAACACUUUGGAACUCGAGAGCUUUAAUUGUUGAAACACCUCAACUGGAAGAAAAGAAGGAUGUUAAUGUUCUAAAACCAUUCAAUGAAAAAGCAUCAGGGUACUUCUGGAAGUCAAAGCUUCAAGAACAAAUCAUAUCUAGCAGAAGGAAAAAGCCGGGAUAUACAGAUAGUGAUGAAGAAGAGCAGCUUGGAAAUGUUGCUUUCAUGGUUAGAUCUGGAUCAUCUUCACCUCCUCAUGCUGGAAGCUCUCUGGUAGAAGAAGAAAGAAUUAGGUGUAAAGCCUUUAAGGAUGCCUCCACUUUAGUCAAAGAGAUAAAUGAUCAACAGGAGAUUAACAGAACUGUUGGAAUAGGUUAUGACUAUAACAAAUCUGUAGGCAAGAAAGAUCUUAAACUGAAAGAGAGUGAUGAAAAGAGAGAUGAGAUCCUGACAUCACUGAAACCAAUAAAAAUGAAAGACAAUGUUAGAAAUUUGCAUGCUAAAAAUGAAAACACAUCCCCAAGACAACACACAAACUGCAAGCAUGCUAGGACAAAGACUGCUAGUCCUCCUCGUGUUAGGAAGGAGACUUAUGUUUCAAAGCCUAAAACGAAAGUUUACAAGGCUGUUGUUAAGGAAGUAAGUUCAGUCAAGUCAGAAUCGAAUGGUUCCAGAGGAAUUGUACGAGUUGUUUGGGUGCUUGACAGUGGAGCGUCAAGGCACAUGACUGGCAUUAAUUCUCUGCUGACAGAAGUAAGAAAGGCAACUGGCCCUUCAGUUACUUUUGCUGACAAUAGCAAAGGUCGAACUAUAGGAUAUGGCAAUUACAAAGUUGGAAAGAUCAUCAUAGAAGAGAUUGCUAUAGUUGAAGGACUUAAACAUAAUCUCCUCAGUAUCAGUCAGUUCUGUGACAAGGGAUACUCUGUUCAUUUUGAAAAGGAGACAUGUAAAAUCAAACAUAUCAAGAAUGAACGUCCUUCACUAUUUGGCAUAAGGAAAGGUAACAUAUACAUAGAUGACUUAUCUUCCGGACCAGGAAAUGCAAUAUAG